AUGAUCAGCCGUGAGCAUAUUGAAUGGCGGUGCUGGCUGGAAGGGCCGAGUGGCCUGUACUCCUGCACCUAUUUCUCUAUGUUGGAUGUUUUCUAAGGGGCGCCGCUGCAGUGAGCGGCGCUGACGUGUGCGUGCGCUGUCCGCUGCCGGCGGUGCUGAAGCUGCCUGGCUCGCCGGGUUACCGCGACCUCGGCCACCGGGUAGAGUGUGUGUGUGUGUGUGGGGGCAGAAAUCCAACCACCGCCGCCGUUGAUGCACAGCAGACUGCUCCAGACCAUCAAGCGGCGACAGGUUUCAGAUCUGGCUAAGAAUGGCGCGUCUGUAGGUGAGAUGGAGAAUGUGUAUUCCCUAAAAGCGCAGGGCGGGGGCGGACAGGGAGGGUCCCGCGUCGGGGCUAGAGGGGCCGGGCCGCUGCCAGCCGGCACCUGGGACCCCGUCCGGCCCCCUACCACCCCGCCGGACAGCCGCAGCCCCCCUCAACACCAAGCAGCAGGCGAGGGUGAAGACGGCUCCAAGAUCCAGCGAGCCGUGGGCUUCAAGGUGGAGGGGAACCAGUGCUACAGGGAGAAGAAAUUCCGGGAGGCGAUCGGCAAAUACCACCGGGCGCUGCUGCAGCUGAAGGGGGUCCGGAGCAGCCAAGGUCGGGCCGACGGCGUCAGCGAGUUCCGUGCAGGACGGGCCGGCUUGACCGAGGAGCAGAACCGACUUAUCGAGAACACCGAGAUCGAUUGCUAUGAUAGUUUGGCCGCCUGCCUUCUCCAAUCCGAGUUGGUCAACUACGAGCGCGUGAAGGAGUAUUGUCUGAAGAUUCUUGGCAGGCACAAGGACAAUUUCAAAGCCAUGUAUAGGGCAGGGAUCGCCUUCUAUCACCUGGGCGACUGUGAGAACGCGCUGCAGUACCUGAAGGAAGCAAAAGACCGAGAACCCACAGACACAAACGUCUUCAGAUAUAUUCAGCUAACAGAGAUAAAGAUGAACCGGUGCAGUCAGAGAGAGCAAGAGGGCUGCAAGGAGAUGAUCGGCUGAGGAGACGCAGGGGCAGCGCUGAACGUGACCUCCGCCGCCGACGCUGCAAGGGACUAAUUCGACAAAACCGUCUACUGGGCAUUGGUUUGGGAACAAGAAAUCUCACCGGCGUUUUCAGUGUGAGCUCUGGGGAUGGGGAGGGGUGGGGUAGGGUGUUACCCGCACAAGGACCUUAGUGAUUUGGUGUUUGGUGUGAACUCUGACCAACAGGGUCUGAAGAAGGGUCUCGACCCGAAACAUCACCCGUUCUUCUCUCCAGAGAUGCUGCCUGUCCCGCUGAGUUACUCCAGCAUUUUGUGUCUACCUUCGCCUUCGGAGUAAACCGGCAUCUGCAGUUCCUUCCUCCACAUCUAACUACCCGCCACGUUCUCAAAGGUCCUACGAUUUA